GGUGGUGCAAUAGAAUUUGUGAAAGAGCUAGAGCACAUUCUGCAGUCACUAGAAGCAAAGAAAUUUGCAUUAUUGGAGCAUGGAAAUGUGACAACAAAUGAUGAAAGUGAUCAAAAGCCAAAAAUAGGCAGCCCAUUUGGUCAAUUCUUUGCAUACCCACAAUUCAGCUGCUCGGAAAGCCAACUAGGCAACAAAUACACAUCACAAAGCAAGGCAGCCAUUGCGGACAUUGAGGUCACCCUAAUCGAGACGCACGCCAACGUCCGAGUCCUAUCGCGCAGGCGCGUCCGCCAGCUCUCCAAGAUGGUCGCCGCCUUCCAAUCCGUCUUCCUCACAAUCCUCCACCUCAAUGUCACCACACUCGACUCGCUCGUGCUCUACUCCAUCAGCGCUAAGGUGGAAGAGGGUUGCCAACUCAAUUCAGCAGACGACAUAGCCGGGGCAGUUCACCACAUGCUGAGAAUAAUUGAGGAGGAAGCUAUCCUAGGUUGUCACACCUAGGGUUAAUAUAUAUAUUUAUCAGUAAAAAUUAUUGAACCUUUUUCACGUUCAUUGUGUUUAAUUUAGGAUUUAAUUGCAAAAUAAUUCACUCUACUUUUGGUCAUUAAUUUUUACCAAUCUAAUUUUUUUUUUGUUUCAGUA